ACUAAGGGAAUUGCCAGGGGGGAGAAGGAAAGAACACCGCAGACUAUCACCAUGGGAGAGGUACCUGGACAGCAAGAGCCCCUGGACCCACUCUUCAGCAUUGUAACCAGAAAGGUGAAAGGAGGCAACAUCGAUGUUCAUCCAUCAGAAAAGGCACUUAUUGUUCACUAUGAGGUCGAAGCUACAAUACUUGGGGAGAUGGGAGAUCCUAUGCUGGGAGAACGCAAGGAGUGUCAAAAAAUCAUUCGGUUGAAGAGCCUCAAUGCCAACACUGACAUUUCUUCUCUGGCUCGGAAGGUGGUGGAGGAAUGCAAGCUCAUUCACCCUUCCAAACUAGCCGAAGUGGAACAACUGCUCUACUACUUGCAGAACCGCAGAGACACCUCCUCAGGAAAAGAAAAAAAAGAGAAACCCAGUAAACCAAAAGAUCCGCCUCCUUUUGAAGGGACAGAGAUUGAUGAGGUAGCCAAUAUCAAUGACAUGGAUGAAUACAUUGAGCUGCUGUAUGAAGAUAUUCCUGAUAAGGUGCGUGGCUCUGCACUCAUUCUACAGCUGGCCAGGAAUCCUGAUAAUCUAGAAGAACUCCUGCUUAAUGAAAUUGCACUGGGUGCUUUGGCCAGAGUGCUGAGAGAGGAUUGGAAACAAAGCGUGGAGCUUGCUACUAAUAUAAUUUAUAUAUUUUUUUGCUUCUCUAGUUUUUCUCAAUUUCAUGGACUCAUCACACACUACAAAAUUGGGGCUCUCUGCAUGAACAUCAUUGACCAUGAGCUGAAGCGACAUGAGCUUUGGCAGGAAGAACUCACCAAGAAGAAGAAAGCUGUUGAUGAAGAUCCUGAUAAUCAAACCCAGAAAAAAGAAUAUGAAAAAACCUUCAAAAAGUACCAGGGGCUGGUUGUCAAGCAAGAGCAGCUACUUCGAGUUGCCCUUUAUUUGCUGUUGAACCUUGCCGAAGACACACGCACUGAGCUGAAGAUGCGGAACAAGAAUAUUGUUCACAUGCUGGUGAAAGCGUUGGAUCGAGAGAACUUUGAACUGCUGAUUCUGGUUGUGUCGUUUCUGAAGAAACUCAGCAUCUUCAUGGAGAAUAAAAACGACAUGGUUGAACUGGAUAUUAUUGAGAAACUGGUGAAAAUGGUACCAUGUGAACACGAAGACCUGCUGAAUAUUACACUUCGACUUCUGCUGAAUCUUUCUUUUGACACAGGCUUGAGGAACAAAAUGGUACAAGUUGGACUUCUUCCCAAACUCACUGCAUUAUUGGGAAAUGAAAAUUACAAACAGGUGGCCAUGUGUAUUCUCUAUCACAUAAGCAUGGAUGAUCGCUUUAAAUCGAUGUUUGCAUACACUGACUGUAUACCACAGUUGAUGAAGAUGGUGUUCGAGUGUCCUGAAGGGCGCAUUGACCUGGAGCUCAUCUCCUUCUGCAUUAACCUGGCUGCUAACAAGAGGAAUGUGCAGCUCAUUUGCGAAGGGAAUGGUCUGAAGCUGCUGAUGAAGAGAGCUCUGAAAUUCAAGGACCCGUUAUUGAUGAAAAUGAUUAGGAACAUCUCCCAGCACGACGGGCCAACUAAAACGCUAUUCAUUGAUUACGUUGGCGACCUAGCUGCCCAGAUUUCUAAUGAUGAGGAGGAGGAAUUUGUGAUAGAAUGCCUAGGAACGUUAGCCAAUUUGACCUUGCCUGAUCUGGAUUGGGAACUUGUGCUGAAAGAGUACAAACUGGUACAAUACCUCAAGGAUAAAUUAAAGCCAGGUUCUGCAGAAGAUGACCUUGUUUUGGAAGUGGUGAUAAUGAUUGGGACUGUCUCCAUGGAUGACUCCUGUGCAGCCCUGCUUGCUAAAUCUGGGAUUAUUCCAGCCCUCAUUGAACUGCUCAAUGCUCAACAGGAAGAUGAUGAAUUUGUUUGCCAAAUCAUCUAUGUGUUUUACCAGAUGGUCUUUCACCAAGCCACUAGAGACGUAAUCAUCAAGGAUACCCAGGCUCCUGCCUAUCUUAUAGAUCUAAUGCAUGAUAAAAACGCUGAGAUCCGUAAAGUCUGCGACAAUACACUGGAUAUAAUAGCGGAGUACGAUGAGGAGUGGGCGAAGAAGAUCCAGAGUGAGAAGUUUCGAUGGCACAACUCACAGUGGCUGGAGAUGGUGGAGAGUCGGCAGAUGGACGAGAACGAGCAGUAUUUGUACGGGGAUGACCGCAUUGAGCCCUAUAUCCAUGAAGGGGACAUUUUGGAGCGGCCUGAUCUUUACUACAACGCGGAUGGGCUGAUGGCACACGAUGGAACGGCCAGUCCUGAUUUCUUCGGGGAUUACCACCUUCAGAAUGGAGACCUGGUCGGCCAGCAUCCUUUCCCUGGCAGCGUUGCGAUGGAUGGUUUUGGCCAGCCUGUGGGAAUUCCAAGCCGCCCCACCACCGCUUAUGGAUAUCGACCAGAUGACCCUUACUACUACAGCUUUGGAGCCCGAUAAAGCAAUCUGCUGUAUUAGAUUAUUCCCUUCCUGUAUUCUUGAACAAGAAGAGUCACUGAGCAAAGCCUUUUUUUUUCUUAGUAAUGCAUGAGAGCAAUCUUUA